GAUGAUGAUGAUGAUGAUGAUGAUGAUGAUGAUGAUGAUGAUGAUGAUGAUGAAUCUGAUGAUGAUGAUGAUGAUGAUGAUGAUGAUGAUGAUGAUGAUGAUGAUGAUGAUGAUCAUGAUGAUGAUGAUGAUGAUGAUGAUGAUGAUGAUGAUGAUGAUGAUGAUGAUGAUGAGACAUGAUGAUGAUGAUGAUGAUGAUGAUGAUGAUGAUGAUGAUGAUGAUGAUGAUGAUAAUGUGAUGAUGAUGAUGAUGAUGAUGAUGAUGAUGAUGAUGAUGAUGAUGAUAAUGAAGAUGAUUUGA